GGUGACAUCGCACUUGGAGUGUAAAGCCUUGAGAAUUGCCAAGCCGAAAAGAACAUUGCCCCACAGCAGCAACCAGAGAUGGCCCUCAUUUUCGUGAGUCUGCUGUCCCUCUCCUUGGCCAUGGGGACCACCGAAGCCAUUCGGCCCACAUCCCUGGAUGGCAAAGGAAUCCUCUCGAGUAUCCUAGGGGGAGACGAGAACUGCCCUGAUCCGUCGGAAUUCAUGGUCAAGUUGACAGAAGCAACAUGCUGCCAGGGAGGCUGCGCUAAAGAAGCAGCUACUUGCAUGCAAGACUUGACACCAGAUAAUGUGGACAAAUGUCUCGUAAUGAAGGAAUGCAGACCAAAGCCCAGUGACAUCAGGACGAUCCUACAAGGGGGCGGUGAGCCACACAAGGUCAUCAUGGGAAUGAUAGUCGAGUGUUCUGACAAGAAGAGGUUCCAGGCGAUGAAUAUCACGUUCGUCGAGAACGACCCGAAGCAGAGCGAGCUCAACUUCCUGAACAAAAUCGUUAAGGACAAGAACCUGGGCACCGUCGGGCAGGCCAUAGUCAGCGCCGUUGAGACGGGCAGGUGUGUCCCGCCCAAGAAGGAAGACUUCACGAUCGGAGAUAAAAUCGGAUACCAAGUCUGUCUUCUGAAAACGUGCGCAGACUCCAAGGCUGCGGCUGCUGCUAAGCCAGCGAAGUAGAAACUAACGGAGAAGGACAGGAAACUGCUGACGGGAAAGAAAGGAGAUGGAAGCCACGAACCGCUUUGG